AGUUAAUAAAAAUUAUGGAGAACAGAGAUAGGAAACAAAUUUCAGAAGAAGGGAAGAGGUUAGAGCCAAAGAGGCGUAACUCAGCCGGUUCAGACGAUCAGAUUGUGCUUAUCAAAGCUAUGACUUGGGACAGAGAGUCCCAUGGGCUCUAUGACUAUGAGUCAAGACGCAUUAGCAGAUUUGAAAAAUAAGCUCACAAAAGAAGGAGAGAUUGUUAGAACAAGAGAUUCAGUUAUAUUCAAUGAGAACAUUGUGAAUUCAGCCAAAACUGACGAAGAUGAAACUUGCCUCUUCAGGCUCAGUAAAAGAGGAGGUGUUUAUACAAUUGUACCACAAAACGAUAAUAUUCCAAACGACCGACUCUGGGUUGUUAUUAGAUCACUAAAAGAAGGCUACGUUAUUAAGAGGCAUGAUAUUAUUAAGUUAGGAAGAAUGAAGUUCAGAGUCAAAGAAUUCAAAACAGAGACUGAAUACUUUGAAGACCUUGAUAACGACCAGAGCCCUCACCCAGGCUUUGAUGAAGAUUAUUUGGUUGACAGGUGCCAUGAGUCAGAUACAAACUGUAGAUUUUGCUGGACUAAUGAUCAAACUGAUGAUAAUCCGCUAAUCGGAGCUUGAAAAUGAGCUGGCUCCAUCAGAUUUAUACAUUUCCAGUGUGUUAAGAUGUGGCUUCAAACAAAAGUUACUAAAAAGGAAGGAUCUAGCCACUGAACCCUAAAUUGGAAAAAUUUUGAAUGUGAGUUAUGAAAAACUCCAUAUCCAUAUACUUUCUUAUUAGAUGAAAAGAGGUGGUUCUUAGUGGAUUUAAAUCGACCGGAAGAUGGAGAUACCCCAUACAUCAUUCUUGAAAGUCUGAGCUCUGAAAAGAACUCUUCAAGAACCAUCCACGUGGUCUGCAUCAAUAGUGAUCAGAACUCAUUCUCUCUAGGUAGAGGGCAUGAUUCUGAGCUAAGAAUCAACGAUAUAUCAGUAUCAAGAAAACAUGCAUCAUUGGAAUACAAAGAUGGCAAUUUCGUACUCACUGAUUUGAAAUCCAAAUUUGGAACUCUAAUGUUGAUUAGUGAAUCUGUGAAAUUAUCAGAGCAGAACAACAAGACUUUCCAAAUAGGUAGAACAGUAGUCACUAUCAAAGCUAAAAGUGAGGCGCCUUGGAAAUAAGAUGGAUAAAAACUUUGAAGCUAAAGGAGCUGAGCUCCAGAGAAUGGAGGAGUUGCUCAGAGACAAUUCCUUGAGUAAAACUUAUUCUGGAAAACAAAACUCAAAACAACUUGAAAUUUUAUCGAAACAGCUAUCAGAGGACAUUGAGGAAAGAGUUCAAAAAAUAUCAGCUUCAGAGGUAAGCCACCAAGGAAAUAAUGUGAUUGAAAUUGAUGGGAAAAGAUACAUUAUUUUGAAAGAGCUAGAUGACAAACCUUCUGAAGAAUAAUAUGCUUAUCCAAACAAAUUUCGCUUU